GCAGAACGAGGCGCCGCCCGUGGCGGAGACGGAGGUGGGUGACGACGCUGGAGGCCCCAUGAAGUGCGCGUCCCAGUCCUCCAUCGCCACAAGGAUUCCGAGCUCGCCAGGAGCCUGGUUUCAGGAACAGUUUGCAGCAAUCACUGCUGCUGUAGGUUCGGUGAUGUCGUCCAAGAGUAAGAAG